GUGUACCGGAUGCGUCCGUGUGUUUCCGACCACGGAUUCUGUUAUGCGCGGAUUAGCAGCCCGGGGCGUGUUGCCACUGGUGAAUGAGGUGCUUGUGCUUCCUCUUUCUCUUGUUAUUUUGCUUCUUGUGCCGCUGCUUCUUCUGGUGCCAAUUUUGGCUCCUGUUUUGCUUCCAACUGCUAUUCUUUCUCUACUUGUUCCAGCGGCCAACGGUCCACUUUCAGCUGCCUCUGAAACUAAAUUCCAAAUUCCAUCUCCCUUCAUCAGGCAAUCUCACGUAAAGAAGAAGGAUAAAACACCAAAACACAACAAGAAAAAAUUUUAUUCUUUUCUUUCACUCGAGAUUACAUUUAUCAAUUAUCGUCUAUCACUAAUUCAUCACUUUAUUUAAACUGGCUGUAUUUGAUAUUCUUUGUUACUUUUCAUUAUAUUCAUCUUUCUCUUCGUCUUAUCUUUGUCUUAUCUUCAUCGUCUAUUUUCUCUCUUUUACUUACUAUACUAUAUCUUACCCCCUCUAU